UCAUUGGAUGGAACUGUGGCGGGCUAGUUGUGUUUGACUUUCUUGCUUUUUCUGAUAGACUAACGUAUCUAUGAGUAUUAUGCACUGAUUGCAAACGUUGACAUUUCACAAUGGAUUUAUCGCAUAAGGGAAAGUAUGCGGCUCCAAUUGAGGAGAUCACCGAGAAAAUACAGAAGUCAUUUUCAAUUGACGAGGAGGACAUGGAGACCUAUCACAUGUAUAUUAAAGAUGGCAAGGAUGCAGCCAGGCAAGGAAAUUUGUCAGAAGCCCUGGAGUUGUUCAAGUCAGCCUACAAGAUGCAUUCCUCUGAGAAACUUAAAAGCAGAAUUAUGAAGAUUGAGGAGGCUUUGACGGAAAUGGCAAAUGAAGAAUCAGAUACUGAGGAAGACUUUGUUAAUGUCAACAACUGUGGCUUAAUCCUCUUCAAAGAACUGCACGACAAACUGUAUGAUCAUCAGAAAGAAGGUGUAGCUUUUCUCUAUGGUUUGCAUAGAGAUGGCAAAAAGGGGUGCAUUUUAGCUGAUGACAUGGGAUUGGGGAAAACCAUUCAGAUCAUUGCAUUUCUUUCUGGAAUGUAUGAUAGUGAGUUGGUUAAGCAUACUCUCCUCAUCAUGCCAACCACACUACUCAGCAACUGGACAAAGGAGUUUGCCAAGUGGACACCAGGAAUGAGAGUCAAAGAGUUUCAUGGAAGCAAGGCGGAACGUGACCGAAAUUUGCAGAGAGUCCAAAGGAAAGGCGGUGUCAUCAUUACCACGUACCACAUGUUGCUUAGCAACUGGGAGCUCCUGUCCUCCUACAAUGGUCGUGAGUUUCGAUGGGAUUAUGUCAUUUUGGAUGAAGCGCACAAGAUUAAAACAUCCUCCACAAAAACUGCCAAAAGUGCUCAUGCCAUACCAGCUAAACACCGCAUCCUUCUCACCGGUACACCUGUGCAAAACAACCUAAGUGAACUAUGGGCACUGUUUAACUUUGCAUUUCAAGGUGCUCUCCUUGGUACAGCAAAAACGUUCAAGUCUGAGUAUGAAAACCCAAUCACCCGUGCCAGAGAGAGGGAUGCAACCCCAGGUGAGAAGGCUCUUGGACUGAAGAUUUCUGAAAAUCUGAUGGCAAUUAUUAAUCCCUACUUCUUGAGGAGAACAAAGCAGGAAGUUCAGAAGAAAAAGAAAAAUGACACAGAUGGCCAGAAAAGCGCCAUGAACAUUGAAAACGAGAACAAAAAUCCCAGUGCUGCUGGAUCAGCAAUGCCAACACUCACAAGAAAGAAUGACCUGAUUGUAUGGACGUACUUGAGUCAAGUCCAAGAAGACAUAUACCGACAGUUCAUUUCAUUGGAGCACAUUAAGGAACUGCUCAUGACCACUCGCUCACCUCUGGCAGAAUUAACUAUCCUGAAAAAGCUCUGUGACCACCCAAGGCUGUUGUCAGCCAGAGCUGUCGCUCAGUUGGGUCUUGAAGAGGGUAUCAACCCCAGCGACCAUCAUGAUGAAAAUGAGUCUGCCGCCUGCCAAAUUGACCACAUACCCGAUGAGACCCUGGUGUCUGAGUCUGGCAAGUUGACUUUUCUUGUAGCACUUCUGGGAAGGUUGCGGGAAGAAGGUCAUCGUACACUUGUGUUCUCUCAGUCAAGGAAGAUGUUAGACAUAAUCGACCGUGUCUUAACCAACAAAGGAUUCAAGCUCAUGAGAAUUGAUGGCACUGUAAUUCAUCUGCCAGAGAGAGAGCGACGUAUUGAACUUUUCCAGACUAACAAACAGUACACAGUGUUUCUUCUAACUACCCAAGUAGGAGGCGUGGGCAUAACACUGACAGCAGCCAACAGAGUAGUCAUUUUUGACCCAAGCUGGAAUCCAGCAACAGACGCUCAGGCUGUUGACCGAGCAUAUCGAAUUGGUCAAACAGAGAAUGUUGUGAUAUACCGGCUAAUCACCUGUGGGACUGUGGAGGAGAAGAUUUACAGACGUCAGGUCUUCAAGGAUUCCUUGAUCAGACAGACCACAGGAGAUAAAAAGAAUCCAUUCCGAUAUUUUAGUCAACAGCAGCUGAAGGAACUCUUCAAACUUGAAGACACCCGGUCAUCUUCAACUCAACUCCAGCUGCAAUCACUGCAUUCCAGGCAGAGACGUACUGAUUCUGAGCUAGAUGAACAUAUUGCUUACCUGCACUCUAUGGAAAUGUUUGGAAUCUCGGACCAUGACCUUAUGUUCUCCCAUGAUGCAGCAGUACAUGAGGACCACCCGGAGGAUCAAGAAUCUCAAUGCUACAUUGAGAACCGUGUGCUAAAAGCACAAGAGCUGAUGAAAGCAGAGUCAGAACUGCAGAGGCAGUUCAUGGAAAACAUUGCCUCCAGCACAGAACCUGCAUACCUUCGAAAUCCAGGUUUGGGAAAGAGGUCUACUGAAAGCAAGCCAGUCAAAGUACAACCAGACAACAGUCCUGUCAGUGUCAGUGACUACAAUGACGUUUCCCCUGCAGUGGUGGACCUCACUCAGUCUUCGCCGGACUCAGACGAGCAUGUGCACAAUCUAAGUAAUAAAUUAAGCGAAUUUGUUCUUGAUUGCAGCACUGAAAAUAAGAAGUCCCCUGAAAAAGACAAAAUGAAGGAUGAAAUGUAUUCAAGAAAGUCACCCUCUGUCGUCAAGUCCUUCACAGAAGUGCACACAGAAUUUGAAGUGGCAGACUCUUCAGAUCAGGAAGAUGACGAAAGAAUGACAUCAGCUCUUGGGGAUAAUGAUAGUGUUUUGUCAGUGCACGAUAGUGUUGAUGUGGAAGAACUUGCCAUUUCUGACAAUGGAGAGCAGUCCUGCAUAUCUGUUGAUCUGCAAAAUGCUGAAGUGCUUCCUACAAUCCAAAAUUUAUCAGUUGAUCUGGAUUCCAAAGUGGACGAAUGUGACCCUGCAGUUCGAUGUCAAACUAAUUCUAAAUGGUCAGUCCUUCAAGAGUCAGACAUUGACAAUGAAGGCUAUAUUGAGGAAUCCUGGAAAGCUAAUUCUGAACUUGAGUCCUUCCAGGGUAACUUCAAUUUGCAGUUGGAAGACAGUGCUGAAGAAACAUUUCCAGAAAAGGUGAAUGGUUCCCUUGUGGAGGAGAACCCAGGGCUCAAGUUACAGAUGGAGGCAAGCCUGUGCACAGAGAGAGAACAGUCUUCAACAGAAAAUGAAAGUGCUGACUGCAUUAGUGAAGACCCUACAGACGAGCCUUCCUUCAUGUAUAGUAUGAAAAAGAAGAAAACCAUGCGAGUAAUUUAUGACAGUGAAGAUGAGGAGGAAAACUACAAUGAUGGUCAUGGGAAUCUCCAUGUAAAAAGUUCUUUCAAUGAACCCUUAAAGGGGGUAGAGUGCUCCACUCCAAAGCCUGUCAAGACCGCAAGCUUUCUGCUGUCUUCCACGCCACACAGGAAGAGUAUUGGCCUAAAUGCAUCUGUGGCAUCCAGGAGGUCUUUAGUGGAAUCCAUGCUUGAUGAUGUGGAAGACCUCCUUGAGGACAUGGAUACAGAAGAAGCCGAGCAGUCUGGUGAUGCACCACAGAGCACAGGCUCUGUGAGUGAGUCUGUCAUGGAGGAAGAAGAGCCCAGCGGUGAAACUCUGAACACAGAGAGUGAGGAAAAGGAAAGCCAGAGUUCAUUUGUUCACACAGGUGAACCUGAAAUGACAGAUGGGGAUAGCCCUCUGGAAGAAUCAACAGGUGACUAUGAACUAGCGUCAGGUGAAUCUAUGGAACAGUGCACCCAGGGGCAAAAGCAGGGGAACAGCGUGGCCACCAUCAUCAGCAAAUCCGCACAUGUCCCAGAUGAUGAGUAUGAACAUCUUUUGAGAACAGGGAAAGAAUGCUAUUCCGCAGGGAAACUCAAAGAGGCUUUGGAUUUAUUUCUCAAAGCUAUUGAUAUCAGAAGUGGAGAUCCUGAAAUUCAGUUAUUGACCAUACAGCUUUAUCGCCAGCUUAGCCAGCUCUAAGAUAAUGAGAAAUUGCACCAUUAGAAAAGUAUGUAUAUUUGCUGGUUUUUUUUUCUUUCUUGAAGUAAAUGCAAAGAUGAUCAAGCUUAUUGAAAUAUAUUCUAUUUGCUGCAAGUCUGUGAUGUAUUCAUACAAUAUAUAGUCAGUUCCAGUAUUUCUUUGCUUUAAGUUUAUUUUCCCUUCAAUCGUACAAUUAAAUGCUUGUGAC